AUGGAGGAACACCUUCAGGGAUAUGAAUAUUCCAAAGUUCGUGUUAUUAAGGGACUCAAAGAUCGCAACCUAGUUGGAGUUUUAGCUUUGUUAGUUGUCUUAUUGCUGAUUGGCCUUGUAGUAGCAGUGGUAGUACUGCGCCAAAAUAAAAGUACCGGCGGUAACACCGCAAGCAAUUCCAGUGUCUGCACUGAAUCGUAUUGUUAUACAACAUCAGCGGAGAUUUUAUCUACCAUCAAUACUUCUGUUAAUCCUUGUGAUGACUUUUUCCAAUACGCUUGUGGCACUUGGAUGGCUAACCAUGAUAUUCCAGAUGAUCGUUCUAGGUAUAUGACAUUUACCGUAGUGUCCGAAAGGAAUGAAAAAAUCCUACGAAAGCUUCUCUCAACUAACGUUUCAGCACAGAGUGGCGUAGGCGAGCAAAAAGUUGUAGGAUAUUAUCAGUCUUGCUUCAACGAUAUUUAUACUGAAAAGGCAAGCAGGCUCGAAUUAAUAAAAAGAAUUGGAAUGCUAGGUGGAUGGAGUGCGGUUCCAAGUAUUAUGAUUGUUAAUCUAAACACUUGGAAUUUUAACCAAACCUUGGCUAAGAUUGCUUCUGGGUAUGACAUUAAUCCCUUUUUUAGCAUUUGGGUUUCUUCUGAUUUAAAAGAUGCCAAGACAACGAUCAUCGAGAUGACACAAGGUGGAAUCACUCUACCAGGUGUUCGUUUCUAUACUUACAACGAGACUCAUUCGGCUGUAGUUGCACUGAUUGAAUAUAUGACAGAAGUAGCAACGCUACUUGGUGCAACUAACAGAACGAAAACGAUGGAAAAGAUGACCGAAGUUUACCGAUUCGAAAAGCGUCUGGCUAGGGCAUAUAUAAGCAACUUGAAUUUGGAGAAUGAAGCAGUCAGAUACAACAAGGUUAUGCUUAGCCAAGUUAAGGCUGCAUGUCCAGCGAUUGAUUUCAAUCAAUAUGUAAACCUACUGUUUGGUAGAACAAUUCCUAAUACUCAGCCUGUCGUUAAUUAUGCAAUGAAUUACUUCAAGAGAAUGAGCGCAAUUAUUUCUAAUACAUCUAAAGAGACUUUAAAUAACUAUUUGAUUUGGCAUUUUGUGAAGACUUUUACAUCUGCAGCAGAUUCGAAACUGUUGAGAGCUUACCAGAAAUAUCGUGAAGCUCUAUAUGGCAAAGCAACUCCUUCUCCGCAAUGGAGAACCUGUGUUUAUCGGGCCAAUGCUGCUCUUGGUAUGGCUUCUGGUGCGAUGUUCGUACGGCAUUCUUUUAAUGGACAAAGUCGAACGACGGCCCAUUCUAUGGUACAAGGAAUUCGAAGUGCAUUUCUGAAAGCUUUGCCAUCGUUAAAUUGGAUGGAUGCACAAACACGUAAAGUCGCUGCUGAAAAGGCCAAUGCGAUCCACGACCAGAUUGGUUAUCCAGAUUUUAUCCUUAAUGAAGCCCAAUUAGCACAAUUUUAUUCUAACUUUCCUGUUAAUGAAAGCUAUUAUUUCAUUAACGUUAUUGCCAGAAGGAUUUAUGCUAUGAAAGUUAAUCUAGACCAACUUGGUAAACCUUUCAAUAAAAAUCGUUGGUCUAUGACUCCCUCCACCGUAAAUGCUUAUUAUAGUGCUAAUCGGAAUCAAAUUGAGCCUGAAAUAGUGAUCUAA